GCUAAGUACCCACGUUAAAUAUCCAGCAAUUAUCCAUCCAAGUGCUACAUUGCUGUAUCUACCUGUACUUAGAGGCGCCCAGGCAACCAACAUCCACCUCUAAUUACAAGGGUGACGUGGGAACCACAGUUGCUAAUUGCCACCACAAUUGUUAGGAAUUUGCGACAUUCCGGGUUGACAAUCACUUUUGUUAUCGAAUCUAGGCUAAGGAAUGAGGCUGAGGAUUGGCUGAUACAGGAAUUCUGUGGAACCUAUGAAGAAGUUGCCCGCUGUCUGUGUAUAAAAGCAACAAUCAUGAAGUUCAUCUCACUCACCAUUAUCAUGAUGUCUGCUGCAAUGUCAGUACUGUCGGGCACAAUUACAGCACGACGAGACUCCCCCAACGGCAUGGAAUGCGACAAGGCUGGUGAAUACCUUCAGCAUACGUGUUUUGACCUCAGACCGCGUACUAAGUACGGGCGCUUGCAGAACACUACGAGUGCGGAAUUCUCGCGGAUUAUAACAGCGGCAAUAUGUUUGUGUUUUACUGUUCUAAAGAAAACACAGCGUAUUUCGUUGCGGAUUGCGCCUGUCCGUAUUGCUGUAACCCCGAGGAAGCAAGCCUCUUCGGGGGCUGCACAGUCCCAUAGUGCGCGCUGCACAGCAUGACGGGUUAUGCCGGUAUUAUCUCGUGCUUAUAUAUUAAUAGCAGUCUUUCGAGCGCUUGAGCUUUGCCUGCGCCUUUAAGCUGAGGGUGCUAAUAUUCGGUUGUGGAGCCUCUUGAGGGUAGUCGCGAUAUACCAGUGCUGAGAUCUGAGAUGCAAUACUUACCAUCCGAGUAGUACUUAUCGGCUGUACUUCCUGAAGCUGCCAUUCCUUGCAUGUCAUCAAGCUAGAGCCAAGUUCACAGCAUUCGGGUAGACUAACGAAAUAGACGGACAUCAGCAAUACGGAUAAAAUAAUUGAAAAUUGUCUCUGCUUUUGCAGUAGCAUCAGCCGCCUUUGCACGAUCGAGUUUGAAGGGUCAAAACUAGCAUUCUGCGCGGCGUUUGACGAUGAUCUCUU